UGCGCUGCCUUGAUUUGGUGCAGAUUGCAGCUUUUUGCCCGAGCAGGACGCACACGCGGACACCUGAGCCAUGGAUGCGGAGCAGAAGCCCCACGCCGACCAGGGAGUGCAGCUUCUGGACAUCAGCUCCAACUCGCCCCUGUCUAAACCCAAAGGUGAGGAGGAGACCAGCCAGCAGGGGAAGCCACCGUACUCUUACGUGGCUCUCAUCGCCAUGGCCAUCAAGGACAGCCAGGACAAGAGACAGACGCUCAGCGGGAUAUAUGACUACAUCAUCUCCAAGUUCCCCUUUUUCGAGAAGAACAAAAAAGGGUGGCAGAAUAGUAUAAGGCACAAUUUGUCUCUCAACGAGUGCUUCGUUAAGAUCCCCAGGGAUUACGGAGGGGACCGGAAAGGCAACUAUUGGAUGCUGGAUCCCGCGUUUGAGGAUAUGUUUGACAUGGGGAACUACCGGCGCCGGAGGAGGGUGAGGAGACCCUACAACCCCCCGAGCGUGCCUUAUCUGCCCGGGAGCUCCGCGGACUAUCCCGAGCCGCUCUACCUGCAGCCUUACGUAGGCAGCUCCUGGAGCCUGUCCCAACCGACCGCGUACCCGACACACCAGGUGAUCCCCGGGCACACCCGCAGCGUGUCCCCGAGCGGCCCGGUGAGUUCCUACUGCUCGCCCUCCCACUUCCAUCCCUCCCACUACGGCGCUUACCACCACCACCCGCCCGUGCUGGUGCAGCACAACGGGUGUCCCUACGGCGCAGUGACCCAGUCGAUGAGCCCCAGCAGAGGCACCGUUUCGGUGGCAUGCAACUACCAGCAGCUCGCCACCUAUGCAAGACGAGCGGAAGCGCCGCGAGCGUAUUCAUACGACCAGUAGAGUUUUUGAGUUAUCCACCAUUGACAGCCAGAGAUUCAAGGUUCAUCUGUUUCACUUUGAGCUGUCACUCAACCAGCCAGGCGACACUGCUUGUUUGUUAAGGUACAUAAUUGUGUGAAUUAACUGUUUAUUAAGUUGUUGGUUAAGUUUAUCGGUAGGCCACAGUUACGAAUGCCAAGGAAUUUCUGUCAGUGACGUCAACUUUACUCAUCACAUUUUGUUUGAGAAAUAUCACCAUUUAAGUGUAAACUUAAAGAAGACAGUUGAUCUUCAUCUGAGGUUUAGUUUAUGCCUCUUUUGGAACCAAACAAACUUUUGUUUUUUUUAAACAUUUGUUAAAAAUGUUUAAAACCUAUUUGUAAUUAUGUUAUUUAUUUAUUUUCUCUGGUUUUAUCCAAUUCUCCGUGCUGCUAUGCAACCGUUGGAGACAUCAAAGCACUGAGUUAUGGUCACUUGAUGUAAAAUACAUCAUCUUUGUUCAAAUAAAUUGUUAUUUUUGCAUCAAAUGCUCUUAUUUUUGUCUUACUCUACUGUACAUUAUUUCCAUCUAUUCAUCCAUUGUGACGCUAGUAAGCUGUUAUACAAACGUUAUUAGUAUCUUGCCACGAUCACUAUGAAAGAAGUACUAGAACUAGAAAUAAAAAAUCAUGCAUUCAAAAUAUCUUCUAAAGUAAAAGUUAAAAUGUAUUAAUAUCAAUAAUACAACCAAAAGUAAAAUUCUGAAUAAUGCACAAUGAUAUUGAACUAUAAUUAUUGAUACAUUACAUCAAGUUGACGUAGCAGCUAGUUAUGGUGGGGCUCAAUUGAAUUACCUUUUUUUGUAAAUCUUUAUUUAACUCAUGAUCAUACGGUUGUUUAUUAUUAUUAUAUUAAUCUGAAUUUGCAAAGAAAAUAGUAACGUUAUAAAACAAAUGUAAUGGCGUAAAAUGUGCAAUAUUUGAUUCUGACUGCUAGUGGAGUAGAAUUAUAAUGUCCUCCUUGUGUCACUCCACUGCAGUGGCAAAGGCCUCUGAGGCAAAUUUGUAAUUUGUGAUUCUGGGCUAUACAAAAUAAACAGGAUUGAAUUGAAUGGCAGGCGUCAGUCUGGUGUCAGUACAGUGAGCCGCACGCGUUUGACACCCGCCAAGAAGCUGUCAAACUGAGUGGGUGGAGCCUCAUUUCCUGGGAACACCCAUUGUUGUUACGACAGGUCAGCUGCCGUAAAUCAGUGGUAUUAUCAUAGUAUGUGUUUUAGUUCAGUCACAGAGGAGCUGCUUUAUUUUCUUUUGUCAAUACCCAAGUGUACAAAUGAAUGGAUGGCUCGAUAAAUAGAAGUUGGCCUUAUCAUUACAAUACACAAUACUGCUGUACUAUACUAAAUAUUAUUGUGCUACUUCGUAAUAUAUUACACAUAUACCAUAACAUUUAGAAUG